UAAAAUUCAACCCCUCUCUUCCACAUGAGUUGAUACGCGCACUACGAGCACUUUAUCUUGCGGAGUCAUUUGUCAUGUUGUUUGUGUUUGAGUAUAAACUACAACCGAUUUGGUGUCAGAUGUUAUGGCUCCUUGCCGCAACACACAGCUCAGCACAGUCAGGCUGUGAGGGGAAUACAUCGACCUACAACAAAGACGGCCUGGUAGUGCCAUUCAAAAACCUGUGCGGAAGAGACAUCACAGCCCAAGUCGACUUUUCCGACCCCACAAACGAACUCGACUGGUCAGCGUGCCUCGACCGCUGUGUAGGAAAAGCACCGCUGUGCUAUGGCUUCGAUUUCACACCUCCAGGAACCGCUUCGUUCAGUUGUUGGCUCAUGAACUCUACUUUCCCGGAAGACUCGGCGGUGUCGAAGCCGUAUGUCGUCGACGCAGCUAUGUUAGACGCAAAUCUCCUAUCCCAAAUUUCGGAUGAUUGUAUGCAACUUGGUUUGCUGGGAUGCUACAAGAAAAAUCAGCAAUUGGGGACGAGUACUUCGGCGUCAACUACUACUUCUACUCCCCGUAGUUCAGAGUCAACUACUACUUUUACCCCAAGUAGUUCAGUGCCAACUAUUACUUCAAUCUUGAGUAGUGCAGGUGGGCAGCCCACUACGGUCAUCAUGACUGUCGUCACCACAGGGGUUGCAAAUACAGGUUCUCCCGCGCCAGAAUCACCGAAAUACGGGCUGUCAACAAGCGCAAAGGCAGGAAUUGGUGGAGGAAUUGGAGGUGCUGUUUUAGUUGGGCUGAUCGCUGGUGGGAUAUUCUUUCUCAAGCGUCGAAAGCGAGUCAUAUACGACACUACCUAUGACGCUCAAGUCGAUGCGUCUGACAAAAUUGUUGAUGAGCGUGGCUCCUCACAACGUUGGUCUGAGUUGCCUGCUGAUUCAAGUCAGCAUAAAAGGGUGGAACUGGAGGGAUCUGAUAUGGCCGCCGCCGGUUACCAAUUGGAUGGCAUGGCCGCUAUUUCGGAACUUUCGGCCCCCUUUGAGGUGCGACAAGAACGUGUUCACGAGUUGAGCAGCUCCUCAGGGUAG